GUUACAACAGCUGUACAGAAAAUUGUAAACAAAAUGGACGCAAGUGAAUUCUAUCAGUAAAAAUAAGAAUAUCAAUAUUAUUAAUAUGCAGUCUGAUCAAAAUGAUGCUGCACUCAACACAGAGGAGCCCACUAAACUGGUUUUUAAGAAAACGCACCGCAAAAACCUAAGGCGACGAGAGACUUCCGAUGAUGAAGAGAAAGGCGAAGAAUUGAUGCUAGAUGAGAUUAAGGAACGACAACGUUUGCGUGAGCGUCCGAAUGGCGUCAGCCUUAUGGGCCUUGCACUAGGUAAAAAGAUAGCGCCAGAGGAGGAACUGACCAUCAAGGAUCCAUUCAAUGUUAAAAUGGGUGGACUUGUUAAUAUGCAAACACUUAAAUCCGGAAAAAUGAAAGAAUCCGAUGAUGCCUACGAUGUGGGCAUUGGUACACAGUUCUCAGCCGAAACAAACAAACGGGAUGAAGAUGAGGAAAUGAUGAAAUACAUUGAGCAGGAGCUGCAAAAGCGUAAGGGCGGCACAAAAGACGACAAGGCAACAGAUGCCGCAGACGAUAGCUAUGUUCAUAAAUAUCUCACGCCUGAAGAUGCAGCGCUCUAUGCAUUACCUGAUCACUUGCGUCAGUCGUCGUCCCACAGAUCAGAGGAAAUGUUAUCAAAUCAAAUGCUGAAUGGCAUACCCGAGGUAGAUCUUGGCAUUCAAGCCAAGAUACGCAACAUUGAGGCAACGGAGGAUGCAAAACAGAAACUGAUGCAAGAUGCCAAAAACAAAAAGGAUGGACCCUCGCAGUUUGUGCCCACCAACAUGGCAGUAAACUUCAUGCAGCACAAUCGAUUUAACAUUGAGGAAAACAAUGAACAGCGAAGACGGAAACGCGAAGAAAAAGAAGGCAAUAAUAAAGCACCGCAUAAUCAGACCAAUCCAAAUGGCGUCAAGAGAGCAACAGACGAUUAUCAUUAUGACAAGUUCCGAAAGCAAUUCCGUAGAUAUUGAGUUGAUAAAUAAAACGUUAACAUAUUUGAGUAC